UAAUUUGUGCGAAAAUAGUUGUUAAUGCCAGAUCCCAUUAACAAGAAUUGCUCCUCCCGCACCACACAAUGUUAUGUUGUUAACAGCAUUCUGUUAAUAACAUCACCCAGUUCUCCUACUGGUUCGCGGUACUUAGCGCCCGCUGAGUACUUCGUCUCGCGCCUCACUUGCCUCACUUGCCUCUCCUGCUUUAAUCUUAGAAAUAAAGACGAGGAAAUUACAACCCGGUCUUUUUGCUUAUCGGCGACGCCACCACUCCAACAUUUGGUCCUUCGAGCCGGAGCUUCGUCCACCUUCACACCAGCAUUCCAUCGGCCGUCGAGAUAAGUACCCCAUUCUUGUCUAGAGUAGUACAUACAUAUAUAUAUGCAUAAAUACACUGGCACCUCUCAUCCGCCUUCCCUUGCAUAUACAUAUAUAUGUACUAAUCUAGCAAUAUUUCGACUACAUGCCUAUAUGUAUAUAUUCUUAUAUAUAUAGAUAUGUAUUAAGCUGUGUUUAAAUCCGAUUAAUAUUUAUUAACACGAGAAGAACAAUAUCCUUUGUUGAUCGUUUAAUAAAUUUAUUUACAUAUGUAUUCUGCCUUUUCACACAUCCGCACAUAUUCAUAUUUAUAACUAGUCGCCGGCUGCAGAGUGACAUAUAUACAUACAUAUAUAUGUACAUGCUCCUCGCUUAACUAUUAAAUAAAUCACAUUAUCCUUUGUUAUU